AUGGCCGCCCGCAUCAAGGCCCCAGCUGCCGCCUACGAAAGGGAGGAGGAGGAUGAAGAUGAAGACGAAGAGUCGUCCAACACUGGCCUCAUCUCCACCGCUGCUGACCUCGCCCUCCGCCCCGUCCGCCCAUUCUUCUCGCGUCCCGCCCUACGCGCCUACCUGACGACCAUCUUCGCCGUCAUCACCGCCUUCACCUUGCUCGCACUGGCUACCAUCGCCUAUCUCCUGUUCUACAAUUUCUACAUUCCUCGCAUUGGCUUCACCCGCCCACUGCACCUGCAGUACGACCACAUCCUCCUCYGCCAACAGUCGCCCAAGCAUGCCGAUAUCACGACAUUAACAUCCCAUCCCUGGGCCACGACUGCUCUCACCCCCGACAUCUCCUCUUCUCAACAAUACGAUGUCACCCUGGACAUCACCCUCCCUCACACGCCCUCGAACCGAGAAGCGGGAAACUUUAUGCUAGAUGUCCAACUCCUCGCCUCCCCAUCCUCCCUCGCAUCUACAUCCAACAUUCUCGCGCAAACACGACUUCCCGCUCUACUCCCCUACCGUUCCCGCCCCGUCCGCGCUCUGCAACUCCUCUUCUCUCUACCGCAAUAUACGCUCGGUUUCCGCUCCGAAAGCACAACUCUGUCGAUCCCAGCCUUCGACCGGGUGGAGUUUUCUAAAGGAUGGAGAACUACACCCACCACACUACGCCUGGAAGUGCAGAGCAUUCACGUCUUGCAGAUUGAAAAAGUACAAGUCAACUUCCGAGCGAGAUUUCGAGGAUUAAGAUGGCUCAUGUACAACUUCCGGGUCAUGAGUGGUGUUGUAUUCGUGGGUCUGUUCUGGGGAGUCGAAUGUCUGUUUGCGGGUUUGGCUUGGGGUGCACUGGCCAUGUACUUUUCGUCUGCUUCGGAUGAGAAGAUGAAGGAACCAAAAGCGGUGUUGAAAGUGGAUCAACAGGAGAUCAAAGAAGAGGAAGGAGCGAACAUGUCGGCUACGGAGAGGAUAUUCCCAUCACGCACUGGAGCUGGUGUUGUGAGGUACUCUUCCGGUUCAGAUGUSAAGAAGGAAGUGAAGCAGGAGGAGGUGGAUGUCUUGUCCAUCCCGGAACAUAUUGCCAAAGCCGCCGAGGCGGACGUAGAAGAUGAAGGACAAGAUUCUGAGGAUCUGGAUUUCAGAGACUCGGGGAUUGGUACGAGUUUGGAGAGCGAAGCGGCGUUGGGGAGAAGCGACAGUAUGCGAAGACGGCAGCGGAGAGGGAGGACGGAGAGCAAAGAAUAG